AUGCAACAGCAAUCUGGUACAGGAAACGGGAAUGCACGACGCGCUCUGAGUCCCGGGCCAGGAGGCAGCGAUUCGGAAGAUUCCGACAUCUCGCUCGGUGGAACGUCUCCUGCGUCGCCAAGUUCCUCGCCACCGCCAACUCAUCAACCUCCUGUUCCUCUCGGGCCCCUUGGCCCUUUGCCCCCGCCGUCCUUAAAUUUCCGCUUCGAUCCGUCGCAAUCGCAGUUUCGAUUCAACCACGCAACGGCCUUCAAAUUCCCGCCCGCUGGUUUCCGAUUUGGACCGCACAGUCCGCAACACAAUCAUCCGAACAUCUCGGGCGGCGGAAUCUUCAGGCUGACGGAAACAAGCCCGUUCCAAGCUGUGGGGCCCAGAGGUGAUCUCGGAUCGAGAUUGCCGGAUCCGCUGGGGCUGCCACCGCCGAGAUUGCACCCACACGACGGUUUGCUCCAUCAUCCUCAAAUACAGCAUCAGCUACCGGAAGGAAUGUCGAGGAUAUCGGAAGGCUCGCGUCUCUCCGACGGUGGGAUCUCGCGGCUGUCAGACAGCCUAUCGGAAGCACACAGCCCGCCGUUAAUGGCGACGAACCUGUCGGUGACGGGUCCGCUAAGGGUCGCGGUCCCGAGUCCUCAUACACCUUCCUCGCGAGGUAGUCCAACGGUCGGGCAACAGACUCCUCAGGGUCAGUCUCAAGGCCAGGGAUUGAUAAGG